GACAUGCGUGAGACCACCGACAUGCUCAACAUCAUGAACCACCAGCUGAACCAGCUGCUCUUGGACGAGAUGCUGGAGUCGCAGUCGGGCGGCGAGUAUGCCAUCAGGCUGAAGGAUCCAUCGCGCACGAACUUCGUGCUGGUCUCCGAGGCCCCGGAAGGCUUCCCGGAGCAGAUCCGGGCCAUCCCGGCCGCCGAGGGCCUUCCGGCCUCGAACGUGGUUUCCCUCAGCGCGGCGGUGGUGCGGCUGAAGAACCGGGCCCAGAUGGCGAGCGCCGCGAACUUCUACGAGAAGAUCCUCGGGGCGGCAGUGACAAGGAAGUACUCGGUCUACGAGCGCCAGGCGCAGGUGGACUCCUUUCUUUUGCACUUUAGCCCGGGCGACGGCCUGCACCAGACAAUGUCUUUUGAGGUGGAUGCAUCGCAGCAGCUGACGAACUUGGGCUCGAUUUGCUUCUAUGUGCAGGACUGGCACGGCUUCCGCCUAGCCUUCGCCAAAGCCAAGGCUGCUGGCUUCCUCGCCGGGCCCGAGGCCUGGACGGAGGUGGCGAAGGCCUUCGAAUUCCGACUGUCAGGAGUUGCCGAUCCCAGCAGCAAGGUGCAGGUCCUUCCGAUGGAGCACAUCAUCCGCCACAGCGACCAUCCGGAGUGCCCGCUCCAGACCGGCAAGCGCCUCGCCACUCCGGCCAACGACUUCGCAACGCCCAGUUUGAAGGCCGUCACGGGUGGCGCCUAA